GACGGCAGCCCCCGCAAUCCCCUCCCCGCCUUCCUGCCCGGGCUGCGCAGCGCAGCGCAGAGCCGGCAGCUGCAGCCGGAGCUGGGCCCCGUGCGCUAUGGGGCGCCUCGCGUAGCAGCUGCUCAGGGCUCGCCGCCCGCGGGACCAGGCUGCGGGAGAGGCGCUAGCGGGCAAGAAGGGACCUGUUGGAUCAUCUAGUCUGACCUUCAGCACGACACAGCCUACAGAACUUCACCCAGUAAUUUCUCCAUCAAGCCUAUCACUUCUGGAACUGGCAAAUUUGUGUGGAAGAUGAAGUUUAUUCCUGCUUGAGACUGUCAUCCUAAAUAGUAAAUGGUAAAAGAAUGUGGGAUAAUCCAAGUCUCCGAUGUCUCCUAGCAAUAGCUUUCUUACAUUUGCUGAGCUUAAUAUAUAGUCAGGAGACAGAUGUUGCAGUGUCAGGUUUUCCAGAAGCACCAGGAAAUUGGAAAUGUAUCACACAUGACUUAAACAGAAUGAUCUGUUCCUGGGAUGCCACCUCCAGUGCAAACCGUGGACUGACUUACAAGAUUUGUUAUACAAACAGUGAGCCCUUCUCUCCAGUGUGUAUUGAAACUGAGGGGAAAAGGGCCGAUAUUCCAGUCGCAAUGGGCUCCACUAACGUACAGAUAACCACACUAAAUGCUUCUGGAACUCCUUUAGCUACUGAAACAUUUGUAUUGCCUGAGGAAAAUGUUUCACUUAUUCCACUCACCCCGCAAAUUCUUAAUCUGAGUGCUGACUUUUCAACUUACACAUUAUAUCUGACGUGGAACGAUAGUGGCUCAGUCUUCCAACAUGAAUUAGAUGCCAGCUGGCAGAUUCAGAUUCUGUAUAAGGAAACAAUGGAGACAGUGACACUAAUUAAUUAUGAUUCAAAAUUGACAGGCAAAGACUCUAUUCUUUUUUGGAAUUGGACAUCUGACAUACCUUUGGAGUGUACUUCAUACUAUGUGAAAAUCAGAUGUUACAUUAAUGAGCUGUAUUUUACUGGUAGGAAGGAAUGGAGUGAAUGGAGCCCAGUUAGAACAGUUCCUGAAAAAGAUACUAAGCCCAAUAGCGUUAUGGUUUUUCCUCAAGACAAAGUGGUACUAGUGGGCUCAAAUGUGACAUUUUGUUGUUUAUAUAAUGAAGGGAAAAGUGUAAAAUUCAUGAAAUAUGGAUCAGAAAGUUAUCCACUCCUUCGACUCAGCAAGUGGAGCAGUGCAAUCAAAGUGCAGAAUGUCAGUGCUUCAGUUCCUAGUGGGACAAAUGUGUGGUGCUCGCUGGUGCCAGAUGAUGUGGAAGGAACAGUAUUAUUUGUAGGAUAUGCUCCUGAUACUCCACAAAACCUGAACUGUGAAACACGCACCUUUAUUACUAUAACGUGUAGCUGGAACCCAGGCAGACCCACAGCACUGUACAGCAAACGGCGAACAAAAUAUAUUUUAUUUGAAAGAAUAUCUAGAGAAAAUGUUACAUGCAAAGUAGAGGAACUGAAUAAGAAACAUGCCUGUGACUUUCCAGUGCAUGCCAAUCAGAAAAUCUACAAUUUCACACUAAGUGCUUCCAAUCCUCUUGGUCAAGCAGAAUCAUCGCUCUUAAUUGAUGUAAAUCAAAGAGUUCAUCUGGAAACUCCUGAUAAAUUCACUGUGAGCACUAAUAGUUCAACACAUGCCCAUCUGUCUUGGUAUAUACCUGGCAACUUUAUUAAAAUCAGACUUUUGUGUCAAAUUGAAAUUAGCAAUAGUAAUUCUGAACGACAACUGAAUGUCUCAAUGGCCGGUGCAGAAAAUUCAAAUUACAGAGCUUGGGUGGAUGCAUUACAUCCGUAUGGCACAUAUACAUUCAGAGUACGCUGUUCAGCUUCUGAGUAUUUCUGGAAAUGGAGUAAAUGGAGUGAGGGAAAAAAGCUCACAACUUUGGAAGCCCCUCCUGCAAGAGGACCGGAUAUUUGGAGACAGAGAAGUCCUGUCGGAGAAACUGUAACAGUCUUUUGGAAGCCGUUACUUCUUUCCGAAGCAAAUGGAAUAAUACUAUCCCAUGAGGUGGUAUGUUACUUGCGAGAGAGAAUGCUAAAGGCUCAUGAAGUCCCUGUACCCUUGAACAGCACUGAAAUAAAACUUGGGGGAAAUGAUUGUUUAAUCAGUGUUAUAGCCAAAAAUCGUGCUGGCUCAUCUCCCCCUUCUAGGAUAACUAGUGUGGAUCUUCCAAGUGACAAUGUCAAAACAGAGCUGGCAAUUGCAACAGGAAAUGGAAUUUACAUUUCUUGGCAUUCUGACCCUAACGUGACCUGUGGCUACACAUUAAAAUGGUGUAUUUCAUCGGGAUCUGAACCGUGUAAUGUGGACUGGGAAAUGUUUCCUUCAAAUGCAAUAGAUGCUGUGAUCAAAUCUGCUCUGUUUCAACCUGGUGUGAGAUACAAUUUUUCACUAUAUGGCUGCAAACACAAUGGAUAUCAGUUAUUACAGAAUAUAACGGGAUAUAUGAAAGAAUUGCCUCCAAAGGUAGCACCAAAUUUUACUGUAGAAGAAACCUCUUCAGAUUCAAUAUUAGUAAAAUGGGAAGACAUUCCUGUUGAAGACUGCCAGGGGUUUUUAAAGGGAUAUAUUCUUUACUUUGCAAAAGGGGAAAAAGGUUCUUCAAAGACUAGUUUCAUGGAAGAAGGGUCUCCUGAGCUAACAGUUAAGAAUAUUACUGACCUAACGAAAAAGUCUUUGAGAAUACUUGGUCUUCAAGGCAAAACAAGUUACCGCCUGGACUUACGAGCUUAUACCGUUGGUGGAAUAGGCCCAUCAAAAGACCUGUAUGUGGUGACAAAGGAGAAUUCCGUGGGGUUGAUCAUUGCCAUUCUCAUCCCAGUGGCAGUAGCUGUUGUGCUCGGAGUGGUGACCAGCAUCCUUUGCUACCAAAAGAGGGAAUGGAUUAAAGAAACGUUCUACCCUGACAUUCCAAAUCCUGAAAACAGUAAGGCAUUGCAAUUUCAGAAGAAUAUAUGUGAGGGGAACACAGCUCUUAAAACCUUGGAAAUGAACCCUUGUACCCCAAAUAGUGUGGAAGUGGUGGAAACGCGAUCCACUGUCCUUAAAAUAGAAGACACAGAAAUUAUAUCCCCUGUAGCAGAUAGUGAGCUUCCUGAAGAUGGGUCUGAGACAGGAACAGGAAGCCACGUGGUGGUGUCAUACUGCCCACCAAUCAUUGAGGAGGAGAUCUCUAGUCCACCAAUAGAUGAACCUGUGGGAUCUUCUCAAGUCAUUUAUAUUGACAUUCAAUCAAUGUAUCAGCCUCAAGUUAAUCCAGAGGAAGAGCCCGAAAUUAACUUUGUCACUACAGCAGGCUAUAAGCCACAAAUGCAACUGCCAAUUAAUGCUAUGAAAAUGGAGAGCCACUCACCCACAGAAGAGGACUUAGAUAAAAUUGCGGGCUACAGACCUCAAGCAAACACUAAUGUCUGGAAGUUAAACUCUCCAGACUCUCCUGUAUCAAUUCAAAGCAACAAUGAAAAUGGAUCUUUUGGAAGUCCAUGCUCCAUUAAUUCUCGACAGUUUUUGAUCCCCCCAAAGGAUUAUGAAGACUCUCCCACCCCUAAUAACACAGGGUGGUCCUUUACACAUUUUUUUCAGAACAAACCAAAUGAUUAACAAUCAUGGUAAUUGUCAUUUCAAUCUGA